GUUUAAUUCACAAGUGGUUUUGGGCUGUGCGCCGACGACUCCCCUCUACUACAAGACACACCACAGCAACAACCGACCACCGUCGACGACCAGCGCGACACUCCACUUGACCGCGCUGACAACAUGGUUGGAAAAGCAUCUAGUUCGUCGUCGUACCGCAUGAGCUCCAGCCAGAUGAUCGCGACAUCCCGCGGCAGCACGAGCGAGCUCGAGAUGGCCGGCACCGACAGCAUUUCGCUCGCCCUGCAUCCGUUCGAAGAUUUGUUUGAAACAGACUGGGAAGGGUAUGUGUGGAAGCAAGGCCACGUCGUACGCAACUGGCGCAACCGCUACGGGAUCCUCACGGGCACGUGCUUCACGUACUACUCGUCGAAGGAGCAUGCAAUGGCCGAUUUUGAAAAGUUCAAGGGGCGCGUCACUGUGACCGGCGCGAAGAAGGACCCGUCGCGGAGCAACGGGUUUGUGGUCACGACCUCGAUCGACAAAGUCUUUUGCAUGUACACGAAGACGCCGAUCGAAACGGAGUUGUGGAUUCGCAUGAUCGAAAAGGCGAUUCAGGUCGCGUACUUUCAGGCGUCGCUCGCGGCGUCCGCGCAACUGCCCGACUUGAUCCUUGAAGGGAACGUUUCUUCUUGUUCCGCAGACACACGCCAUCUGCAAUCGUCAUUUGCGAACUUGUCCAUGUCGUCGAACCAGCACCUGAGCUUGAGCUUCAACGGUCACAUGCACCCGAACCCGGCCACAAAUGUCAUGCGCCACUCGCUCGGGAACUUUGCGCCCAGUCGACUCUCCAUGAGCCAUUACAACCCAAGCUUUAGCGGCAAUGCCCCCCCUGUCCCGUCCAUCCGGUCGUCGGUCGAAUGGAAGAGCCGCAACGUGUCCACGACAUCGCACUUCUACCACCUCUGGACCACCGUCGUGGCCAACUACGAGUCCAAGAUGCAGCACCCGACGGUCUGCUGCAAUGAACUGCUCGUGCUGUUCCCGCUCUGCUCGCUGGACAUUGUCGUGUCCAUCCAUUUUGCGAUCCCGGCGCUCCCGUCCGCCGUGUACUAUGGCCGCGAAGGCGUCGUCGACUUUUUGUUUUCACUUAGCCAAGUGGUGACGUUAUCUGACAUGUCAUUGCAUCGCGUGACCCUGAGCUCGCGCCCGAACGUGCUGCUGGUCAGCGGCGUCGGCAAAAUCACCAACAAGGCGACCAAAACCACCUACGCUUGCGAAUGGAAGGACGAAGUGACGUUAUCUCCUGGCGGCCGCGUGCUCAGCCUCAAGUUGUACAUGGAGGUGGACCCGGCUGCGUUUCACGCGACGGACGUGGAAGAGCGCAUGGCGCGACUCAAGUCCAAUUUAAAAGCGACUUCGUCCAAGCGCGUGCUGUCGCUGUCGAUGCAGCACUUUGCAGUAAAAAAAGUACUUGGUCAAGGCACAUUUGGCACGGUGGUGUUGUCGGAACGCAAAACCACGGGCGAGAUCUUUGCGAUCAAGAUUCUGGACAAAAGCUCCAUGUCCAGCUACGACAAGGUCCGCACGCGCACGGAAAUGCGCAUCCUUCGCGACGUAUAUCACCCGUUCAUUGCGCCUCUGCGGUUUUCGUUCCAGUCGCAAAGUCGGGUGUUUCUGGGCAUGGAGUUCUACCCCGGGGGGUCAUUGUAUACGCAUAUGAACAAGUUCUCCGAGGACGGCGACCAGCGCAUCAAGCUGCCCAUCGACUUGGCGCGCAUCAAGUUUUAUGCGGCGCAGCUCGUGUUAGCCCUGUGUCAUUUGCACGCGUGUGAUAUUGUGUACCGGGAUCUCAAGCCAGACAACAUUAUGCUCGACAAGGAAGGGAAUAUUGCGCUGGUGGACUUUGGCCUGAGUAAGACCAACGUGCGGUCCCUCGAAGGUGCGCGGACGAUGGCGGGGUCGCCGGCGUAUACCGCGCCCGAGCUGCUUAAACCGAAACGCAGUCGCGAGUAUGGCAAAGCAGUGGACUGGUGGUGCCUGGGCAUAUUGAUCUACGAGAUGAUGUUUGCCAGACGUCCGUUUCACCACCCGAACGUGUCGGUGCUGUAUCGGUUGAUCGACAAGGAUCCAGUGAAAUUCCCUGGGAGAAUUCCCAUUUCCCACGACGCCAAGUCGUUGAUUGUCGGGUUGUUGGAAAAAGAUCCCCACAAACGUCUCGGCGCCCACCAUGCUAGCGACAUCCUCACGCAUCCAUUUUUCAAAGGCAUGGCGUGGGAUCAAGUGCUCAAGAAGAAGGUCUCGCCGCCGUGGAAGCCCGACACGACCAAGGACCUGUCGCGGCGCACAAAUGUGGACUUGGGGCGCAUCGUCAUGAGCAAGACGCCGCCGCCGUCGACGUCCAUGUUCAGCUUCUUUGGAUGGAAACCCAUGGACACAUUGACCAAACCCAAGCCCAACCCGAUUGCAAACCCCGAUGCCGCCGGGGAAUUUGGCCGCUUUAGCUACGUGUGCGACUCGACGCCGUCGUUUCUAGUGGACGAGGACGACAUGCUCGAGGCGGCCUUUUCUGGACGUCGUAGCGUCCAGCUCGAAGCGCUGGCUGUCGAAGCGUAGACACGGCCGUAUUUUAUUAAUAUGUCACACAAACAUCACUAUAUAUAUAUAUAUAUAUUAUGGUUGUCUUGCA